AGAGGCUGGAGGGGGACAGGUAUCGUGUUCCCUGAACCUUAUCAAUCAAUGGCAAUCCACUAGGCUGAAGCCAGCUGGCAUAAUGUCCUUUGCUGUUUGAGUGCGUGAUUUGCCUGGUAUCAAUUGUGGGUGCCUUGUACUCACCUAAAUGUCCAGUCGUACUUCAGCCUAUUGGCUUCUUAUCAGCAGUUUUAUGUGGUGUAGCCUCAUUGUGUGGGUUGGUUUAUUAAAGGUACUUCUCUUCAUGGGCUGUAGGUACUCUGUCUGGGAAAAUACCCAGGAACCUUAGAUAAACAGGGUUUUGGGUGUGUGCCCUUCAGUGUUUUGUCAUACGGUGUUUCUGCUUCCUCUCUUGGCUUUGUUCUUCCUACAGAAGCUUUUACAAGUUCCUGAACCGUUUCACUGCCAGGUUUUUCCGCUACAUUCCUUCAUGAAUAGGAUGCCAAGGAUGCAGAGUGGCAUUCUGUGCCAGGACAUACAUCUGUUGUUCUGCUUGCUCUUUUGACCACCUUCAGCCCCUGUGUUUGACACCAUAGCCUCUAGCAGCAGUUGCAGCAUUUUCCUUCUUCCCUUGUCCCGCAGGUGGUGUGCACAGAAGAGUGCGUGUCCCUGUCACGUGCACAUGUGGUAGUUUUAAGCCUUGGGACACGGGUGAUGCGUCUGGUGAAGAAAUGAAGGAAAGUUUUACUAGAGUUGGAGUGCUUCUAGGCUUUUCCUCUGACGUGGAGUGUUCUGGAGGUGGGAGUACAUGCAAGCCUGCCUCCUCUCCUCUUGGCUGCCAUAAGUGUCUCUUCACAAGUCUGCCGGACUAUAGUCCCUGUGCUGUGAAGGAAAAAAAAAAAAAAGUGAUCACUGCAAGAGCUACAGACCCUUAGAGUUAAUAGAAAUGCACGAGCUGGAGGUUGAGAGGCAGCCGGCAGCUCCAAGUGUUGUCCCCUCAAUUCCUUCUAAAGCAGAUCUGCGUGAGUCUGGAUCGUACCUGAUCUGUUGACCAGGCUCGGCGUAGUUACUGAGUCAAAGCACGUACUGCCUCCUAGGUGUGUUGGGAAUUAACUUGUUUUCCUGGGUUAGUGGGAACUUGGCAAGGGGAACAUUACCAUAUAUAGUUCAGUAAGUGUGGCCUCUCACGGUGAAAAUAAAUAUCUAGAGAUUUAAUCUUUUUAUAGUUUCUUCACUUGCACGCUCCCUGUGAACCUAAUUUAUUUUUUUUUUUCUUCUCUUCUGGAGUUUGGGCAGAAAUUCAAUCGAGGCUGAAAACAGCAAAACCUCCUCGGGUUUCCUGUGCUGUGAAGAAAUUAUUCUUGAGAAAAGAGCUUUUUUUCUAAUUGACCUUUUUUUUUUUUAAAAAAAUUUUCGCUUUUCAGACCUUCUAAGAAAUCUAGGUCUUUGACGGACCCAGGUGCAGGUUGGCUGGCACUCCCUCUCGACUGGCAGAGCAUUUUCCCUGAAAGUCCCUGUGCUCUGCAGUCCUCCCGCAUCUUCCUUGGACGCGAUCCCUGGGCUAAGGUGCUGCCUUCAGGCAGCCUCCGAUGGCGUUUCCCUGCUAGGCUCCAAGCUAAUAAAUAACUGCGCAUUGUAGCGUGGUCUGUUUUGUUAAAAGUGGUGUGUGAUUAAACCAGUGUUACAAAUGUGUAACGGAUUAGAGGUGUAUUCGUGGCUUGUCAGCAUGUGAUGACAAAAUAACUAGAAAAUACAGCGGCUUUUUUUAUUCCCCUCUUCAUAAAAGUUGCAGGUUUUUUUCUCUAAACUAUCUUCAGCUUCCCCCUCUGCAUAUAUUGGGGAAAAAAAAUCUCUUCAAAUCCUUGACUUGUCAAUUUUCUCUCUGAAUCCGCUCGACGCAGUUUAAUGGAAGCUGUUUAAUUGUUAACACUAUUACAGCAACUCAGGCAUGAGAAUCUCGUGAACCUGCUAGAAGUGUGCAAAAAGAAGAAACGGUGGUAUCUGGUGUUUGAAUUUGUGGAUCACACGGUGCUUGAUGACCUUGAGGCAUUUCCAAACGGACUAGACUACAGCAGGGUUCGGAAAUACUUGUUUCAGAUUAUGAGAGGAAUAGCGUUUUGUCACAGUCAUAAUAUAAUACAUCGGGAUAUUAAGCCAGAGAACAUACUAGUUUCCCAGUCAGGAGUUGUAAAACUAUGUGACUUUGGAUUUGCUCGCACCAUAGCAGCUUCUGGGGAAGCUUACACAGACUACGUGGCGACCCGAUGGUACAGAGCUCCAGAGCUGCUGGUGGGAGAUACCAAGUAUGGCAAGGCUGUCGACGUGUGGGCUAUUGGCGCUCUGAUAACAGAAAUGCUUACGGGAGAGCCCCUCUUCCCUGGAGAUUCCGACAUUGACCAGCUCUACCAUAUCACCAAAUGCCUGGGUAAUUUAAUUCCAAGACACCAAGAGUUAUUCUAUAAAAAUCCCCUCUUUGCUGGCAUGAGGUUGCCUGAAGUGAAGGAGGCCGAAUCUCUGGACAAACGCUAUCCCAAGCUCUCUGCUGCAGUGCUAGAUUUAGCCAAGAAGUGUUUGCAGAUUGAUCCGGACAAAAGACCAUCCUGCGCUGAACUCCUGCAGUGCGAUUUCUUUAACAAGGAUGGAUUUGCUGAAAGAUUUGCUCAGGAGCUUAAAUUAAAGAUUCAGAAAGAUGCCAGAGACCGUCAGUUACAAAAAAAAUCAAAAAUCAGCAAAAGGGACAAAGAUGAAUUUUUAGAAGAAAGAAAAAUCCUUGGUGUCCAGGAUUUCAGCAUCGACUCGAAGAGCAGAGAUGCAAAGCUAUUAAAGGCGAAGCGCUCUAAAGCUGAUGCAGAGAAGGCGGACCGAUCCUCCAACCUGAGCUCCCUGUAUGACAGUGCGAUCAACCCGUUUAAAAUAAGCCCCCACACCAGCCUAAAAGAUUCCAGCAGCAGCUUGGACUAUGCCAAGAAUGCAGGCAUAGUUAUCCCUCCCAUCAACCAGAACCUUUCUCCCACUACGGUUGGGAUGGGGCCUUUGGCUGGGAACCUUAAUUACAGAGUUGAUGAAAAGAGUAAAAAAUACUUGAACCCCUUUCUGAAGCAACGGAAGCGUUCUCCAGCGGGCCAUUACAGCGUAAGCUUGACGUCGGUCACUAAUGAAAAAAACAUCCUUCAGGCAAAUAGGAAAAAAUGGGAGUUCUCGAAGGCGGAUGUGCGUUUGCCAGAACUAAAUCAUCUCCCUGAACUGAGAGGAGUGGAAGGGUGGCAUCCCAGAUUUCUGAAAAAGGAAAAUAAAACAGUUUCAGAGUCCCGCGUUCCCUCUCUUGCUGCUAUCGACCUCCAUACCCCAGGUCUGGCCUCACAGCAGCUGUCGGGGACCUUGAUGCCCGAUGCGUCAGAAGCCGGUUUCCCUAGAGUUGAGCACUAGCCUUGUGGAGAAGGAGAUGACACCUGCCUGUAAAAGGCGGCUGAAACAGUGGGAACAAUCCGUCUGAGCAUCCAGGCGCUGAAGCUGCAGGGUCUCUGCGGGAGAGAGGAGGAUCCCUUUCUCUCUCGUUAGCGCAGCGGAUUGCCACGGGAAGCGGCUCGGGUCCCGUCCCAGGACGGAGCUCACACUGCCGUUGCUGCUGGAUUUCUUGCAUGCAAAACAGCUCCUGAAAUACUGGCUUUCUGGCCCAGGGCUGGGCCUUGUCCGAGGUUGCUCUAAGGAAAAAAAAGCGGUUGUUGGUUUGUGUGACAAGGGCAGAAGUUGGUUUGGAGGAUUUGGAAGGAAGCUGGGCUUUCUUUUGUCAAACUGCUGCCCGCUUGAGGAUUUUCUCUUUAAAUGAAUAGUGAAGCGAGUAGAUAGCUGCUGAAUUUGCCAUGUUUUGGUGGGCUACCUGAUCUGAAAAGCACCUUUGCCUUGACAUAAAUGUCAGUGAAGAAAACGUUUGUGCAGGAAAUAAGACGUUUAAACGUGCAUAUGUUCCCAGCUGUCCCUUUGAACCCCUCGCUAACGCUCAGCAGCGUGUGUGACCUUGUGUUAGGUCCCUUUUCCCUCCGUGCUUUCCUCCCCCAGUCUUUGGGCGGUUGUCAGGGGUUUUAACUGGGCCUGUUGUCUGGCCGCGCUGGGUGAAUCGUGGCCGCUGUUAGCGGCGAAGGAAGAACGUGGGUGUAAAAUACUGCGCCGUGGCCUGGGAAAUGGCUUCCGUGGGCGCUGGGUAACUUAAGUCAUCAGUCCUUUAGGUCCCCUGGGGGAAUGGGACAUGGAAGUGUAAAACUCGACAGUGGCUCCUGAGGAGAGAAAGAUGGCUCCGCUUUUAUCUCGGGACCGUUGAGAAACCAUUUUUGCUUAACUGCCCUCACGUUGGCUGUUCUAUGGUGUCCUUACGUUGCUC